GAGGAUGGAUUUGAUGGAUUUCCCUUUUUGUGUCAGCAACAAUGACGGAUUAUACAAGUUGUUCGGCCCGCUCGUCUCCCUAGUCCUCUUAACACUCUCCGCCUAUUUUAAAGCUCAAACCCGAGACUUCUAAUUGGGCUCAAGUUCUUAUCGAUUAUUACUAGUUAGGAUGGUUUACCAGAGCUGAUAUGACUCACAUCACAAGGUGUGGUAAUAUAAAGCAGAUGCAUGCUCUAGCCAAGCUAACCAACUCCGAGGUUGGCCAUUCUUGGGAUUCAUAUCUUCAUCGAAUACCAAGAGGACCCCAGUUUUGAUGAAGAAGGCAGACACUUUCUAUGAAUAUCAAACUGUAAUGGAUGCGAUCUUAAGAUUCAAUUAAGUUACGAUCUCACGAUUUACGCGUGGAAAUCUCAACUCCCCCUUUGAUUUUAGAACCGGUUUAGUAUACAAUUGGAGAAUAGUAAUAUGUGAUUUUAUCUGAAUCGUUAAGAAUAUGUGUUUGAUAAAUUUAUUUAUUUUGA